AUGGCCUACAACCAAAAGUUCAACCCGGAUGCGCUCCCAGCCCAUAUAGAGCCUGAGAAGGCCGCACAAAUGUUGUCUGGCGCUCAAAGCCAGCAAAGACCAGCUCCUCCCCCGAAAGGCCCUAGUCCAGGUCCUGGCGCCGGCCCUAUACCUCGCAAAACCACCCCUUCUGGUGUAUCGCCCCAUCCGCCGCAUGGAUACCAGGGGCGCGCUCAUAGUACCAGUGUGCCUCCACCUCGUGGUCAGGACAAUCCAUCGUCGCGUUUCCACUCACCUCCGCCUCAAAACUACGGACAUGGCCCCCGUCCGAAUGGAAGCUCAAUGGGACGUCCGCCGCAACACCCGCUGCCUUCCUCGUCGCCUGCCCCGAAUCUUUACCCCGCAUCGGGGCCUACGGGAGAUGACCCUCAACAGCUUCUCCCUCUCUUUCGCGCAGCGAAUGCAUCAAGAUCUGGAGCUCUGUCCGAGACAGAACUCGGGUCGGCACUAGUAAAUGGGGAUUAUACUGCGUUCGACCCAAACACGGUGAAGACAAUGGUACGGAUGUUUGAUCGAAACGGCGACGGGGUUAUUGGAUUCGAAGAGUUUUGCUCUCUAUGGAAAUUCCUGGCAGCAUGGAGAGAGCUCUUCGACCGGUUUGACGAAGACCGAAGUGGACGGAUCAGUUUGGAAGAGUUUGAGAAAGCGCUCACCGCGUUCGGAUAUCGGCUCAGCCGCACAUUUAUUCGCGUGAUGUUCUCGACGUACGAGAACAAGGGCCGGCGACGCGGAUCGACUUCGUAUUCGGGAGGCAUGAGCUUCGAUCUGUUUGUGCAGGCGUGCAUCAGCUUGAAACGGAUGACGGACGUGUUUAAGCGUUACGAUGAUGAUCGAGACGGGUAUAUUACUGUCAGCUUUGAGGAGUUUUUGACUGACAAUGCAACCCGGUCAUUCGACAACUACGAUUUGCAACAUACGGUGUACAGAGUCAAAUUUGGACUGCAGCAAAACGACAACAACAACGUGCAUUUGGAAUUUCGAGCGCCGAUCCAUGCUCCGAGACUAUGGGUCACCUCGUAUCCGGCGCUGACUCGCUGUACAACAAGAGCCAUGGAGAAGAUUCAGACUGAGCCGGACCACGCCCGGCAUCCAGCCCAGGCGUCGGAUACAACGCUAGAAACCCACGAUAAUGGCGCUGAUACCUUGAGCACCACCGAAAAGCCAGUCCCAACUGCCGACGAUGCGCCAGCUAAUGAUGCGCUCACCAAGACGCCCUCGCAGGCGGAACAGCUGGGCAAGAGCAAAGUUAUCCUCGUCAUGGGCGCAUUAUGUUUGUCCGUUUUCUUAGCCGCUCUCGACAUGACUAUCGUCUCCACCGCCCUUCCUGUCAUGGCCGCCCACUUCCACGCCAGCCAAAGCGGCUACUCCUGGAUGGCCUCCUCCUAUCUCUUGGCCAAUUCGGCAUGCGUCCCUUUCUGGGGAAAACUGAGUGAUAUCUUCGGCCGAAAGCCAAUCAUUUUGAUCUCGAAUGCUCUCUUCUUGGUCGGCAGUUUGAUCUGCGCACUUUCCAACAGUCUCGCCAUGAACUUGGUUGGUCGAUCUAUUCAGGGUGCUGCCGGUGGUGGUUUAAUCGUGUUGGCGAACAUCACAGUGUCCGACUUGUUCAGUGUCAGGGAUCGACCAAUGUAUUAUGGUCUUUUCGGCAUGACCUGGGCUAUCGCAGGUGCUUUGGGGCCAAUUAUCGGCGGUGCCCUGACAACCAAGGUUACCUGGCGGUGGUGCUUCUAUCUCAACUUACCCGUCGGAGGCGUCUCGUUUGUCAUCUUGACCAUCUUCCUCAAGGUGCAUACUCCCAAGACUCGCCUACUCGAUGGCCUGGCUGCCAUUGAUUGGCUCGGAGCCUUGACUGUCAUCGGAGCGACAUUGAUGCUCCUCUUUGGACUUGAAUUUGGCGGUCUCAACUACCCCUGGAAUUCGGCCACAGUUAUUUGUCUGAUUGUCUUCGGCAUCAUCGCGUUCGUCCUGUUUGGUUUCAUUGAAUGGAAAAUCGCCAGGUUCCCCAUCAUCCCUAUGCGACUGUUCAACAACCGACACAACGUCGUCGUGUAUUUAGUGUGUUUCUGCCACGCCUCGGUGUUCAUGGCAGGCGCGUACUACAUCCCGCUUUACUUUCAGUCCGUUUUGCUGGCCACGCCCAUCCUGUCCGGUGUCUACACGCUUCCCCAGGUUCUGUCCUUGUCGUUUGUAUCGGCUAGUGUUGGUAUUAUCAUUAAAAAGACGGGCAAGUACAAGUUCAUCAUUUGCGCCGGUAUGGGUCUGAUGACCCUUGGUUUCGGUCUCUUCAUCAACCUGCAGGCCUAUGCCAGCUGGCCGCGUAUCAUUAUCUACCAGAUCAUUGCUGGAGUUGGUGCUGGCCCCAACUUCCAAUCUCCGCUCGUGGCCAUCCAGGCCAACAUCCACCCGUCCGACAUGGCCACCGCAACGGCCGCCUUUGGCUUUGUGCGCCAGCUCGCUGCUGCCACUGCCAUUGUGAUCGGCGGUGUCAUCUACCAAAACGUAUUCAAGCAGCAAUUGCCAGGCCUCGUCGGCAUCGUCGAUGCACAAACGCUCGAACAACUAUCCAACUCAUUCUCCGGCGGCGACAAGUCCCUAAUUCAGGCGCUGCCCACGAACCAACAGGUCGCCAUCAAAGAAGCCUUUACGUUUGCAAUGAAUCGCAUGUGGAUCUUUUACGCGUGCAUAGGCGGCGUCGGGUUCUUACUGAGUUUCUUCAUCAAACAAAUCGAGCUGAACAAGUCGCACGCCAUCGCCAAGACCGGAUUGGACGAGCAGGAGAGGGCGCGCAGUGAGAGAAUUGCUGCCGAGAAGGCGGCUAAAAAGGGGGGUAAUGAAAAGGCCGACGAAGAGGCUUAA